AUUCGCGAGCCGAGCAGAGCGCGGGAGAGAGGACCCAAGAGCAGCAGCGCGGCAGGUGCACAGGUUGGUGGGCGCCCCGCCGCCCCGAGUCCCCCUGCACCAGAGCCGGAGCCGCUCGACCCCGGCCCCGCCCUGCGCCAGCCUCCGUCCAGCCAGAGACCCCAGCCCCAGCAUGGACUGCUGCACUGAGAGCGCCUGCUCCAAGCCUGACGACGACAUCCUGGACAUCCCGCUGGACGACCCUGGGGCCAACGCAGCGGCCGCCAAAAUCCAGGCGAGUUUCCGGGGCCACAUGGCGCGGAAGAAGAUCAAGAGUGCCGAGCGCGGCCGGAAGGGUCCGGGCCCCGGAGGGGCUGGCGGGGCAGGGGGCGCCCGGGGAGGCGCGGGCGGCGGCCCAAGCGGAGACUAGGCCAGAACUGAGCAUUUUCGAAGUUUUCUAGGAGAGAUGGAUGCCGCGCCCCUUUGCAGUGACGAGACUUCCCUGCCGUGUUUGUGACACCCCCCCUUCCACCAGCCCCUCAACUUGCCCGCUUCCGGAGCCCCCCGAGCCCCGGAGACUCCCCGUCCCAGGCAGUCUCCGCCCGGUACCCUGUGAGUUCAUUCUCCGGUCGGGGACAGUUCUCGCGCGCCCUUCCUCCCCACCUUCACCCCCGGGCCCCCAAUCUUCCUUCUUUGGCUUCUCGCCCACCGCUCCCGGCACCCAGCAUGCAGCUCUGCCCCCGCAAACUCGGGGCGCUUCCCUGCGCACACUGCGGAGGGCGCCCCAAGCCUCACCCAAGUACAAUCACCGAUUUUUUUUUUUUUUUUUUUUUUGAAAAUAACGAAGUCCCUUAGUUUUGUGUACAGGUAAAGGGGGCGCCCUAGGUCUCUACUGUUCCCGCCCCGGCCCAACCCCAGAACUUUGGACCUGGGGCCAGGAGACGGGGAGAGGGUCUAAGUAAUGUCGGGUGACCCUUGCUCUGAUAGGAAAGAAAGUCCCUAUUUCACGUACCCCCCACCCCACGCCUGCCUGUGACGCGCCCUCGCUGCUCCCCAGCGCACCCGGAGAGGCGAGCGCUGCCUCUCCAGCUCUCGGCUGGUUUCUGCAAACACCCAGCGCCGGGGGGAGGCUCGGUAGGAGGAGUCCGUGGUGGCCCCGCCCCCGCCCUGCUGGCCCUGCCCUGCCGGGCUCCUGGGGCUGUGGCCGGCCGGAAGGUUUUUUAAUCUGCGUGUGUGCAUGUGAUUGUGCUGGGUUGGAAUGUGAACAAUAAAGAGGAAUGUCCAAGUGUU